AUGGCCACAACCAAUCAGCCAACUCCUGGGCUACUGAAAUGUCCGAACGAAGUGCUCGCAAAUAUAUUCAGCAACCCAGGCUUGAGCAAGAAUGAUAUCAAGGCUCUCAGACUCGUGUGCACACAACUACGACCCCUUGCAACCAGAGUGUUCGCCCAGCGCUACUUCACAGAUCCCUUUGUCAUCUUAUCGAGAUAUAGUCUCGAGGCUCUGCUUCUUCUCUCCAUGCCUCUCUGUCCAUCCAGUGUUGACGUUAUGUUCUCCAACAGGGAUAUCGCAAUCACCAACCUCCGUCUGCUUUCGCUGCCCAAUGAAGUCAUCACUAUGAUCUGCACCGACGAUGAAAUCUCCGCCAAGGAUAUGUGCGCCAUUCGUCUUACUUGUAAAGAGCUUCGUGCCAUCGUUGAGAAGGACUUCGCAAAGAGAUAUUUCCAGGACCCAUUCGUCAUGAUGACCAGAGAGAGUCUGCAGGCGCUUGUCGACAUCUGCAAACAUCCUGUCUUCGGACCUCAUGUUCGCAAGGUCCAGCUACUCAAU